AUGGCUUUGCCCAAAGCAUAUUCUCUGACAGACGAAGGAGCUCCGGAGGAGACACAGUUGGCAACCACCAAUCUGCCGCCGCCAGCUCAGGAGCGCAGUACGUGGAUCAUCAAGUGCGACAAUGGCAACUGGGUGGGCAGUGCCUUCAUGUGUGAAGACGACCUCAGCACUACGAGCACUGCACCUCCCGAAAGCAUUGCCAUGCCGACCAAAUCGACGCCACCCCCGCUACCGCAACCGUGCACUUUCACGGCAGACGACGCCAAUGUGCUGGUCUUCAAUGGCAGUGACUCCACUCAGCUGGCCGGCUAUUCAAAUAUGACCUUUCCGCAUGACAGUCUCAUUCUGAUUCGCUGUAAGGACAUUGGCAAGUACCAGCUGACGGGAGCAAAGGAGCGUCUCUGUCGCAAUGGAGUGUGGUCGCCCGAUGAGGAAAGUAAUCGCUGUAUUGGGCUGAAUCAGGCUUUCGACUAUGAUGUCAACAAGCCGCCAACGAUUCAAUUUCGAAAUUCCAAUGGCCCAAUUGAGCAAACUGCGGACGGAAAACUGCUCGUCUAUCCCGGAACCAUUCUUCACCUGGAAUGUCUUUUCCAGAGAAAGCUGGGCAGUCCAUCGUGGAGUUGGACGCAUCCUGGCCGUGCUCAAGAGUACCAACAACAAUGGGCAACAGAAGACGUCAUCAACUCACUGGCGUACCGACUGACAAUCUUUCAUGCUAAAGAGCAAGAUUCGGGCGUGUACACUUGCGUCACUCCUGGAUCACAUUCACACUCGGUUGAAGUGCUAGUCAAAGCCAUCCACUGCGAAUCACUGGAGCAAAGCCCCGGACUUCAAGUUUCUUCCAAGAUAACACUACUCGGCAGUCAUGUCGAGUUUUCCUGUCAGCCCAAUCACGAUCUAGUGGGCGUCACCUCGGCCACUUGUCUCUACUCUGGCAGGUGGUCUCAUCCUAUUCCGCAGUGCAGAGUCACCGAGUGCUCAUCCCUCUCCUCGCACGCUCACCUCGACUCGAGUCCCUCUCACACGUCGAUCAUCCCGGCAACCAUUCAGCCGCCCCUUCCGCCGAACCACCAGAUUGGCUCCACCUACAUCUUCACCUGUCCCAAGGGCUUCGGCUUGAUGGGCUCGCACCAGUUGCACUGUCUGGAGACGGGCAACUGGUCUCACCCGGUGCCCUACUGCAGUGAGGUGCGCUGUCCGGCGCCGGCAGUGCCUCACCUCGGCUACCUCGAAGGCCUGGUCGAUCCGCAGCUGGCGCCGGUGGCCCACGACGCCGGCGACAUUGUACAGUACACCUGUCAGCCCGGGUUCAUGCUUGAAGGCAACCCGAUUAGCAUCUGCCAGGAGAAUGGCCGCUGGAGUGGGCCACCGCCUCGGUGCANACAGUACACCUGUCAGCCCGGGUUCAUGCUUGAAGAUGUAUCUAAAGACUUUCAUGUACAGAAAAAGAGNGUAGGCAACACACUAGAACAUUCUCAAAUGUAG